AUUUAUCUAAAGAAAAAAAAUGUACAUUUCCUUGGACUGAGUGAUGUUGGUUCUAGGAAUGUAUCCUAGGGAGAUAGUAAGUUGAGUGCUUAAAGAUAGGUACAAGACUAUUCAUUGCAGUGCUGGUUGUAACAAUAAAACAUUAGAAGUAUCCUGCAUGUCCACGAAGAGACAUCUCUUCUUAGGGAUAUUUCCACUCAUAUAUAUGUCAUUUUUCUUCUCUACAACAUUUACAUUAAACAGUUAAUUUCCUUAGAUAUAGCCAAGAUAAACACUCCAAAUUCUUGAUGUCUUUCAGGGAGGUGAGUUUAAAAACAAACAAACAAACCAAAAUGGGACAUCGAUCCUGUAUGCAUUCCCAGAGGAAUAGAGACCUCAUUGUAGUAGGGGAACUCUUAUAAAUGAGCUAUUCCUCACAUGUCAUGUAGAGGUUGAUAUAGAAUAAUCUGGAUUCAAAUGAUAAAAUUUUAGAGGCAUUGGCCAAGCUUUGAACCAAUUUUAGAAAUGAGGAUUUGCCAUAUUUUAGCCCCAAGAAACAGAAUUAGUAAAGGGAGAAUACAGUUAGAGUAGAAUAUCAAUAAAAACUUUAGUCUUUCCCUUGAAUUCUGAGAGUUUCAUAAGCCCCAAACCCAGAGUUUCAAACUAGGGAAGACAUGCUAAGUAGUUUGAGAAUGGGGAGAAUGCUGUAAAAAUUAAGGAUGUAUUUCUCAAAAAAGGAGAAUGAUGGUAGUGGUUAGAAGAGGCAAUUUCCUUCCUCUUAUCUAAUUUCGGCUCCAGAGCCUCCAGCAGAAACUCUUCAAAAUCUUGCAUGUUACAGACUUCACUACUCCCAUCGGAUUGGAGAUAACAUGUGGCUCGUGACAGCUCUGCUCCUUUGGGUUCCAGCUGGUGCGCAAACGGACCCCGCAAAGGCAGUGAUCACCUUGCAGCCUCCUUGGGUCAGUGUAUUCCAAGAGGAAAAUGUAACCUUAUGGUGUGAGGGACCCCAUUUACCUGGGGACACCUCUACACAGUGGUUUCUCAAUGGCACAGCCAUUCAGACCUUGACCCCCAGACACAGAAUUGCUGCUGCCAGUGUCAGUGACAAUGGUGAAUACAGAUGCCAGACAGGUCUCUCAGUGCCAAGUGACCCAGUGCAGCUGGAAGUCCACAGAGAUUGGUUACUGCUCCAGGUCUCUAGCAGAGUCAUCAUGGAAGGGGAACCUCUGACCUUGAGGUGUCAUGGAUGGAAGAAUAAGCUGGUGUACCAGAUGCUUUUCUACCAAAAUGGCAAGGUUUUUAGGUUUUCUUCUCAGAAUUCUGAAGUCACCAUUCUGAAAACCAACCUGAGUCACAAUGGCAUCUAUCACUGCUCAGGCGAGGGAAAGCAACGCUUUGAAUCAGCAGGAGUAUCUAUCACUAUAAAAGAGCUAUUUCCAGCCCCAGUGCUAAAAGCAUCUUUGUCAUCACCCAUCCUGGAGGGGCAUCUGGUCAACCUGAGCUGUGAAACAAAGUUGCUCCUACAGAGACCUGGUUUGCAGCUUUACUUCUCCUUCUACAUGGGCAGCAAGACCCUGCUGAGCAGGAACACAUCCUCUGAAUACCAGAUACUAACUGCUAAGAGAGAAGAUUCAGGGUUAUACUGGUGUGAGGCAACCACGGAAGAUGGCAAUGUCAUCAAGCGCAGCCCUGAGUUGGAGCUUCAAGUGCUUGGUGAGAAUGAGGGGAAUUGACAGGAGAAGGCACAA